GAGCCGGGUGCUGCGGCCUCGCCUGGUUUGAGGGGACUGGAGGUGACGCUCUCAGUGUAUUUUUUUGACGUGGCGGCUACGUAUCAGCACAGCCAUCCACUCCUGGCGCACCGUAAUCAGUGACGAGUAAAACUACGUAAGGGAUUUCACUCAUUACGUUUCUGCCUGCCCAUUCUCUGCUGUGAAUUUGCCUUCAGGUUCCCACCUUCGUGUCGAACAGAGCUAUGAGGAAAGAGAAGCCACUGAAUGAACUUGAAACACUAAGAUGGCAGAAUGUCCUUGAUAUCUCCAUAAUUGAUACAAACAUAUUUCUGAAGCAAGUCAAAAGAGACAUCAUAUUUUUGCUAAAUAGAUAAGUGACUGCAUACAAACAAACAACCUUGGAAACUCAGGACAAAUGACCAUGGAAUCAGUAGUUGAAUCUCACCAAGAUGGCAGUGUAACAGAUUCCGCCACAGAUAGUGAAUCUAUCCAAUUACAAGCUCAGAAUUCUCAGACUCAAAUCCCUACCAUUGCGCAGGUAUCUGUAGCUGGUACUCAAGUUGCUUCCGGGUCUCCAGCCGUAACUGUUGUACAGUUGCCUUCUGGCCAGACUGUGCAGGUCCAGGGAGUAAUCCAAACCGCACAACCCUCUGUCAUACAAUCACCACAGAUACAGACUGUACAGGUAGCUACUAUCGCAGAAACAGAUGAAUCUGGUGAUUCUGCUGAGGUUGUGACUGACUCUCAAAAACGGAGAGAAAUUCUAUCCAGGCGACCUUCCUACAGAAAAAUCCUAAAUGAAUUAUCUUCUGAUGCACCUGGUGUUCCAAAGAUUGAUGAAGAAAAAUCAGAGGAAGAGGGAGCAACAGCUGCUAUCACUACAAUGGCAGUGCCAACAUCUAUCUAUCAGACCAGUACCGGCCAAUACAGUAUGUAA